AUGUUGUCACUAACUCUUGACAGCGCUGAUAGCAGUCAAAUCAAAAAGGAGCUCCUUGACAUCCGGAAGGCUCUAGAGUCAUAUCUUGUUUCGCUCAGAAGUAGCAAUGGUUCCAACGAGAUUUCCGAGGCCCCAGUCUCUCCGAGCUCCACCUCCUCCAUUGCUAGUCGGGGGCCUAGUGAUUCAAGCUCCAUUUUCACCCGCAAAUUGUCAGUAGCAUCAGUAUCGGAUGUCAGCUCCGAAUUGGGCAAUGGGCAACCCUCCGUCUCGGACCUGGCCCGUCGAUUUGAUAAGGCACUAGCUUGUGGCAAGUCCAAUGGACCUGCAGGAGACAAUAUCCAGCAUAGAACCCAAAUAUUGAAUGCACAAAAUGCUGCCAUUGUUGGUUCUAGAGUUACUCAGCGCUCCCCAAGUGUUUCAUCGGGUUCUCUAGCGACAGUACCUGGCAGCAUUGGUACGCUGAUUAAGGACUUAUCGGCCAAGGAGGCUGCCGCUUCGGGACUAUCAAGUAUAGAGAGUGCUAUGGCAGCGCAAGCGCUAGGGAAAGCGUAUCAAAACGCCGAUCAACUAGAGCCUGCACUUGAAUACUACCACCAAGCACUGGCAGCGCAGGAAAUUCUUCUAGGGCCAACCCAUCUCAUGACCCUGAACACCCUUGAUAUCAUUGCCAGUGUCUUUGAGAUACAGUCACGAUGGCAAAACGCUUUGGAUUACUAUCAGCAGUCACUCGCCGGAAGAGAAAAUAACGACGCUCUGGGGCCUAAUCAUCCAUCUAUUUUGCCAACCGCCACCAGAAUUGCCCAAGUCCACGAGGAACUCGCUGAUCUGAAAAAGGCGAAGGAAUUCGUCCAACGAGGUAUCGACGAAUGUACCUCCAAGUACGGGCAGAAGCACCCAACCACACUCUCGGCGAAAUUUAAACUCGCCACAAUUUGUCAAAAGGAAGGUGCGUACGAGGUGGCCACGGAACUGCACGAAGAAGUCUUGCAGGAUCGCAUCCAAAGGGACGGUCCGAACCACCCUACAGUCUUUAGCUCCAAGGCUCAUUUAGCGGCAGUAUAUCGUGCGCAAGGUGAGACUAAGAAGGCAAUUCCUCUACUACGUGAAGCGUUCGAGGGACAGCAGAUGAAGUAUGGAGAAAUUCAUAGCACGACAACGGCGACGGCAUCGCAGCUUGCAGAGUCGUACUGGGAUAUAGAUGAAUGGCGUGAAGCUUUGGACUUCUACUUCAUUACGC